AUGGCCUAUAAUGCCGUCGCCCAGGUCGAGGUGGCCUCUGACUCUGACUCUGACUCUGACUCUCAUCAUUCACUCAGUCCUUCACUUUCCCGAGUUCAACGCAAUGCCGACAUUCAUUUAGACUCUGCCGACAAACUCGAAUCCCACUUAGGCGCUAUCUACCGCUCCAUGACUUCGUCCAACUACGACGUGGUCGAAGCCGAUGACUACGACGCCGAUCCUUCCCCCAAACAUCACUCCAUUCCUCCACUCAAUACUAGUACGGUCGCGCGACAUUCCUCUCCUUCCUUGCGAAGUGCCUCCAGCGACGCCCCUAUUCCUCUGAAUCACCCAACCCCGGAUCUGCAAUCACUGCAAGGCGCCUAUGUGGGUAAUGUAGAGCGAUUGGAGCAGAGUGCAGAGCGUCUUAGCUCCAGUACCGCCGAUAUCGCUAGUGAAAUUCGCAAACUGGACCAGGAACAAAAGCGUCGAUCCUACAGUUCGGCUUCCAAUUCCAUCAUGCGGAAUGGUGCAUUCUCCCCGGGCGCAGGCCUUACCAGAUCUCCUCAUGGUUCGACCCGAUCUCGAUCUACACGCCGGCGCUCCGUCUCCAGUGGAUCUUACCUGGCGCAGGUACCGGAGCCCGCCCACGACGACGGUCAUUUCGUAGAUCAAUUCCCCCCGACCCUACCCAUCGCCCCACAACUCCCCCUUCAUGCUCCCAGCACCGGACGCUUCUAUGGUCAAUAUGACGGCCCAGCGGCUCCUGUGGCUGAAGAGAUCGAGCGACCCGGUACAGCCGCAUCGGGAGAUACCUACCAACAAGCCCGGACGUUGUUUACCGACUUCGAUGGCGUUCAUUUUGCGCCCUUGGAGCUGGCCGGUCCCGGACGCCAGAUGUCUCUGAGCCAACCGCCCCUUGCAAGCAAUCCGGAAUCAUACAAGGAGCUGCAAGCGGGCCAGAACAUGGUCUACUAUCCCGCACCAGUCCCACGUAUGUUGAACCUCCCUCCUAAACUCUCUCGCAAACCACCGGCUGCCGAGCGUGAGAAGCGUCGUACGCAGCUCUUGACUACCAUCGUAGCUGAGGAUAGAGAGGCGGCAUUUGAGGGAGGAACGACCGACGGUCAUAAAGAGAAGCGGCAAUCAACACUGCCCCCGCAGCUUCGGGCGAGCGUCUUCUUUGAUCGGCCCAGUACCACGCUCGAGCUUGAAGUUAAGCAGGACUCGGCAGUUGCGACCCUUGAUAGCAUUCUCGACGCCUCGGCACAUGCACCUGUCUCGGCCUUCACGGAUCAUCCGUAUGCGGGUCACGUCGGGUCGUACGUCUAUGGAAAGGAGCGCAAGACUCUUCGAAAACAAAAAUCGGGUCAGAACUCCCAGCUUCCAAUGGGGCAACAACAGAGCACGGUCAGAGAUGUUGCGUCUGAGGGUUCGGUUCAUUCGGACAAUGGACUGCAGGAGGAGUCGGAGCGCCUGCAUGAGAACGAAUCAGAGGGUUCAGAUGAGUCGGGGAAUGAUGGUGAUGAGUACUCGCAAGAGAGUGACGAUGACGAUGAGUCGGACUAUGUGGGACCGCCAAACACCUUAUUAGCGGAACUGGAGCUGCGAAAGCACGAACUUGCACAACGGAGACGUACGGUAGUCCCCCAGUUCACGCCAGGCAUGAAGAAUACACUGCUGGAGUUGGAUGCAAUGGCUCAGAAACAAAGUGAUAAGAGAAGACGCCGGCCAGUAACCUUGGCUUGGGAUAGCCGCCGUACGGCUGACGAUGACGACGUUCCUCUUGCAAUGCUAUACCCUGAUCAGAUAAAUGCGGAUGAUGAUCAACCACGCGGUCUGAUGGAGAAGCAUCACGUCGAGGAACAUGAACCCUUAAGUACACGUCGUGCUCGGCUGAGGGGGGAGCCAAUUCCCGAAAAACGACCUGUCACCUUCUAUGCCGAGAAACCGCGCCCUGCACCAGAGCCCGCCACAGACGAGACGGGAGAGGAUGGUGAGACUUUAGCCGAACGCUUGAGACGGCUGAAAGGACUGAAUCCAUCGGAGACCGAAUUCUCCAAUAUUCUGCUGGCCGAAUUUGACAAUCGCCUCGGAUCUACCCCCACCGCGGAGACUGCACCAGUCCCUCAACAGCCCGAAGAGGAGACUCUCGCACAACGACGUUUACGUCUAAAAAAGGAAAGUGGCGCCCAGCCUGGUCUCGCCAAAAACCCCCGGAUGCGAAGAAGCAUGGCUGCCCUUCCUCAAGUUCGGGCGUCAAAUGUAGUCCGCAAGUCCUCUCACGACGCAUUCCAACAACCCGGCUUGAUGCAGCAGUACGGAAACCGCAUGUCCAUGCAACAGUUCCCGACCAACAUGGCAUACCCGCCGAACCAACCACCUCCCCCACCCUACAGCCAUGGACCGGCCUACCCACCUCCCUAUGGCUAUACCCAAACCAUGAUGGCCAUGCAUAACAUGGGUUAUCCUAUGCCUAAUGCUUAUGCGUCAACCAUGACUCGACAGCCCGUUGAUCCCAACCAGCGUGAGGUCAUUGACCGCUGGCGGCAGAGCAUUCGUUAA